AUGCGGUUGUUGCUCGUGUCGCUGAUCGUCGUUUGCCUGCAUCGGGAGGGUGGCUGUGUUUCCCCGGACAUCCAUCUGGUCGCUACAACGAAUCGGACCAAGAUGUACCAACUUAUCUACAAGUUCCUCAGCCAGGACAGCGAGUAUUCCGCCAAGUUGAAGAGGAGUUUCGUCGAUUUCGAUGAGCUUUGCCCUACCGUAAAAAAAGUGAGAUUUUUGGGCGAUUUUUUGAGCGAUUUUUUUUGAAAUUUUUUAAAAAGAUUGAAAAAAUGAGAUAGAAAUAAAACUUUUUUUCUCCGACCGCUCUCUUCAUCUUCUCUGAGCUCUCAUCCAAAAAGAUUGCUGAAUAUCUCAUCGAUGAUUGCACAGAGAUAAGAUGAAAUUUUUGGGCUUAAUUCGUGAGCCAUUCCGAUUUUUUUUGUCGAAAUUUGACGAGGGGACAUUUUAUACGAUGAAACAUGUUUCAUCGUAUAAAAUGUCUCCUACACAAAACUGCUGAUAAUGGAGACUUAUCCUUUUUUUUUAAAACUGAUGACAAAUUUUUUUAAAAUUCUGUUCGGAGACAUGUUAUACGAUCAAACAUGUUUCAUCGUAUAAAAUGUCCUCGCAAUUUCCAUUUAAAGUCGAGGGAUUAGUUUCCGCGCGUGGAGCAUGUUAGUUCUACAAAAAUUUAAACGGUGACAUUUUAUACGACAAAACAUGUUUCAUCGUAUAACAUGUCCAAGGUUUGUUUUACAGAUGAACUCCGAAUUACCUGGUAAUAAUAUUGUGAUUAUGAUCCAUGAAGGCGAAGAAGACAUGACACCAUGCUCAUACAAGGUCCAUAGAGAAAGCGUCAACCUGCUACAGGUAAAUCUUGGAUUUUUUUUUUAUUUUUUGUUUAUUUUUUUUAGGUUUUUAACACCUCAAUUGCCCCUCGAUAUGCUCCAGAAUUGCUAUUCUACUCGAGAUUUGGGAAGAUCCGUCUAGGACCGUUUCAACAACGAAUUUGUGAUGUGAAUGGACCCAACGUGCCUAUAAACCCACCAAUUAUCGACAUCAAGGCGAAAUUGAAGACAUUUAUGAAGAUGGUUGUGAGGGUUGCGUGGCAAAAUCCCGAUCAAAUGGUAAGAUAACAAAAAAUUUAAAAAAAAUUUUUUAUUUGUAAAAAAUUUUUUUUCGAUUUUCUCCUAAAUUUUUGGCAUUCUGUUUCAAGUUUAAUAUAAAACAUUCCCACAAAAAAUCAAAUUUUUCCCGACAAAAUUGGCAAAGAUACGGCCAAACAAUGUGUUUUUUCUCUGACCGCUCUCCCCAUUUCCCGUUCUCUCUCGGAAAAAAGAUUGUGUAAUAUCUCAGCCGCAAAUGCAAAGGGCGAGCUGAAAUUUUUAGCGAUUGAAGUGUGAGGUAGAAAGAAUAUAUAGGCAAAAUUACAAGAAAAUUGGUGAGCUGAAUUUUGAGAAAUUUUCAUUUUCAAAAAUUGGACAAAAUUCUUCAAGUUUUGGUCGAAAAAUGAAGAAAUUUGAUUUUAUUUCGAUUUAAAAAUGUUGGAAGCUGGGUAAAAUACGAUUUUUUUACAUUGAAGAUUAUUAUUUAUAAUUUUAAGCGUUUGGAUUACUGUAAUUUUUCCAAAAAAUCAAAAAAUUUCUAAAUUUCCAAAAAAAAAUUUUUUUUGAGAAAACUUAAUUUUUUGGUUAUAAAAUGCGCGUAAAAUACGAAGGCAGAUAAAAUACGGCGUGAAUGUUUUGAGAUAUUUAUAAUUUUCAUAAUAUGGAUUACUGUAAUUUUUUUUUAAUUUUUCAAAAAUUUCAAAAAUUUUUUUUAAAUUUUUUUGUGUAAAAGAUCCCUGUGAGCCUACUACGGGAUUGCUAUCACCUCUAGGCAUCUUUUUUAGCUCAAAAAUGCGAUUAUUUUACCGAAAUUUUCCAAAAAUUUCCCUAUUUCAGAGCACGGACCUAAUCACCCCACUGCGCUCGCUGACUGAGGAAAAACUCGUCCAGGAAUUGUUGGAGGACCGUCAACGCCACGAAUCCCAGGCCCAUUCAGUGGUCACAGUCACAACUUUCUUCACAAUUUUGUAUCCCAUCCUGUUGUUGUACAUAUUGGCCUUGGUGUUGGCCGCAUUCCCCGAUAGGAAGCUGAUUCUAAAGUCGAGUAUGCAUCCGGAGGAGGAGCAGGGCCCGAAAAAGCCUCGACGAAAGCGGAGGGCGCGAGAGAGACGAAGUUUACAGGACAAAUUACAGGAUAAAAUCGAGAGUGCCAGGGAGAAAUUGAUGACAUAA